AUGCUUUCNUAAAAAAAAAAAAAGAUUAAAUAAUUCUUAUUAUAUUCAUAGUAUCAUUCACAAUCACAAGAAAUAACUUUAAUUUAGUGGUUGGCCUUAUGGAAGUAUUAUUUAAAUAUUAAUGUAUUUUAGUGCAUUCUCUUUUUUUAAUUACAAAGAUGCCUAUAAAUUAUUGAAUUAUAUUGGAAUUGAUAUCAAAAUGGCAGAUGCAUUCAAAGCAUAAAAUAAAAAAGAUUCUUGGUAUUCUGUCUAAAAAAUAGUUGAGAGAAAAGUAUUUCAUAUAGGUGUUGUUACUAAAAACAAAAAGGUAAAUUAUAGUUUAUAUUAUAUUAGAAAAUCUUAGAAGAAUAAUUCAAUAAUUUAUCACCUAGAAUAACAAUAAUAAAUUCUAAAACAUAUGUGAUUAGCAUUUAUGAUGAAUUAUAAGUAUAAUAAUAAAUAGAGUAAAGUAGAUUAAGCAUUAUUGAUUUUUUAAUGAUUGUAAAUUCCUAUUGUUUUUAAACAGCUUAACUUAUUCCUAUUACUUUUUUUGAUGACACAAUUUCUGUAUGGACAUAAAUUACAAAAAUUGUAGAUAUUCUUUAUUCUCAGUAAAACAUAUCAUUUAUUAUUUAAGAAAUUUUGGAUAUUCGAAUUUUCAAAUUUAAUAAUUAAAAUAAAAAAACAGUGUAUCUAUCAUUUCAAUAACUAGUUGUAUUGCCCUUAUAAUAGGUUUAACAACUGCUGGAUAUUAUUAUUUCCUUUGCAAGCCAUUUAAAAAAAGUAAAUGA